AAAUUUUGCGUUCGUAAUUUCUCAAUAUUUCUGAAUGCUCGCUGAUGCUCAUGGAGAGAGUCUGACGAAUUCUGGAGAUCAGGGCUGAUUUUGGUGUGACACUUGGAGAUUUGAGUUGACAGGAUGAGUUGGAUGCACAGGUUGUCAUCAGUCAGGGUUGUGGUCAGGAGUUUAGGAGCUAGACCGGAGCUCGCAGUAAAUGUUGGAUCUCUGUCCAGGUGUCAGAUUCCAUCAUCCGGCCUGUCCUCACGACAUUUCAAAGAAAUCAGCACGACACCUACAGUUUUUUCCACGGCUGCAAUCGAAAAUGAACAAGGGGUCGUCUCUAGAAAUUGGGAAAAAUUGAAAUUCUUUUUGAUCAAGAAGUAUAAACUGAGACCCCUCGCAUGGUGCGUAUACAGAGAUGCUAUGGAUGAAAUCGAUUAUCUGGGAUUUUUAAAAGAGUUCAGAAUGGCAGACACAUUCUUUUCCUGGUUUCUGGUGACAGAGCUCCACGUGUGGAUGCUGAUGGUAAAAGUGAUGAACGACGGAAUAAGAGGACAGGAGUCGAGGAAGUAUAUCGUUGAAGCAAUGUGGGAAGACGCAAAUGUGAGGAAGAAACAACUCGGUAAUGUUAAAGAAACAGUGGUGAAGGAUCAUAUGAAGCAAUUGGGAUACCAGUUCAAUGCAGCAAUAAUUGGAUACGACGAGGGUCUCCUGGGCAGUGACAAAGUCCUGGCUGGGGCCAUUUGGAGAAGGUUUCUACAAUCAGAGUGUAACGACCCUGAGAUCGUCGAGAAAUUAGUCAUUUACGUUCGCAAAACGAUGAUUAUGUUGGAUAAAAUACCAUUCGAACAGUUGAUUUCGAAGAGAAAUAUCAAGUGGGUGAAUUACAAAAAUCUAUUACAGAAUCAAUUGUAGAUAUGAUUUUUUAGUAUUAGCUCUCCCUCGACAGACGAUUGAGUCUCCCUUGUACAUAUGGAUAAUUAUAGUUAUUAGAAAUGCAAUAGAUCGAAUUGAAAUCGUAUUUUUUUAUAAGUUUAUCCAUACAGAAUCAAUCAAUUAAAUAAAUUAAAAGCUCAUAUUAAUGAAGUGUUAACGAACUCCAAUUCAGUCGUUGAUUGUAGAGUGAAAAAUAAAUUUAAAAAUAUAAAAGUUAA